AUGCAUGGCUUAAUCUUUGAGACAAGCAUAUGCUACUGGCAGGAUCAACCAGGUAGGGAAGCGCGAGCGGGAAAGCCCCGGGAGACGGAGGACACGGAGAAGAGCGAGAGCGAGAGCGAGAGCGAGAAGGCCGGCCGGGCCGGGGAGGAGGAGGGGUGGGAAGCGAGCACAGGGGGCGGAACCACGGGCGCUCGACAACGGGACAGCGGCAGCCGACACGAACGAGCGGCGGGCGGGAACGGGAACUCAAGCGGCCGGACACACCCCCCCACGCGGGGGGGGGUCCGGCACCCGUCCGCACGCACGUCGGCGACAAACCGCGCGCCGGCGAGCGACCGAGCCACAGCGGGAGCGCACACGCACGCGCUUUUUCCGCACGCCCUCGGAACGCAACACCCCCCCACAACUCCGACAACCACGACAACGGACAACUUUUUUCCUCUUUCCGUGCCUCCCCCACGCCGUGGCAUCGGGAGAGCCGGGAAGGUCGGCCGCACCGGGCGCAGAGCCGGGCGGGGCAAAUCGGGCACGGUGGUGGUGGCGGCGGGAGAGAAGCGACCGGCGAACGCUCGCCCGCGGGAAACGACGAUUCCCCGAACCAUCACCACCGGAGGGGACGAACCGCGGGGACGGGCGGGGCGGGGGACGGCGGGGGCCGGACCGGGAAAGGCCACCCGUCAAGAACCCGACAACACCCGCGUCGACCCGCCGCGAGACGGACACCCUCCCGACAAACGCGGCACGCCAGGGCCUUACUCGUCGCGGCACGGAGACGCACCGGCGGGGUGCGGCGGGCGCUCACGGACGGGAGCGGGGACCGCAGCGGGCCCCCCCAGCACACGGCAGCGAGGCGCAACGCCGGGGGACGCGGGAGACUCCCCGACCCUCCGGGCGGGGUCGGGAGACCACGAGCAAGCGGGAGAGACCACACCGAAAGGGGGACGGCGGGGUGACCGGAUGGUGGCCGGCAGCCCGACCCUACGUGCCCGGCCGCCCCCCAUUCGGGGGGUCCGACAGCACGGCCGCGGGUCGGCCAGACGAGGAAAGGAGGAGGGAGAGAGAAAAAACCGGCGACGGGCGGGGAGGGGGGAACGACACGGACGAACGAGGGCCGGCGACGACGACAGGAGCGCCCGCGACCCAGCCUCCCCCCGGAAAGCGCCUCACAAGGUGACCCAGAGACCGCCAGCCCGGGCGGCGACGGGGCACGCGGGGUUGAACCGGCGGGAAUCACACUGCACACUCCCCGAGCAGUCCCGCCACCACGCCCACGGCACCGAGCCGACCCAAGACCGACGGGCCCCCGGGAGCCCCGGGAGACACCAACACGAGAGAGACCGAGACGGACACACCGACGCCGACCGCCAGAGACCCUCGAGCGGCAGCGGAUCCCGACGUCCGACGACGCGCCGGACGCGGCCAACCACCGUUCCCCCAAAAACGUCCGCCCCCGAGGGUGCGAUCAAGUCCCGCAAGACACGGGCCCUCCCGGACACCGAGGAGGGGGAGGAGAUCCCGCGAUUUCCCCCGGUCGUGGGAACACUGCCGCGGAAGGGGGAGCGAGGCGACCACCGCACGGCCCGAGAGCACACACGACACGCACCACACGCGCGGUGUACGCCCGGUCGCGGGAGGGGCACAAGACGUGAACGCGCGCGGGCCAAGGGGACGCACGCGGCGGACGGCACGGGAGGAAGGGGAGACGGGUGGGACCGGGAGCCCACCGCCGCCAUCCCCACCCUCCGCCCCACGGCGACCCUCGGGGUGAGGGGGGUACCGCGCACGCGGGCAAGCGCGCGGCCCUUUCCCCGCCACCACCACCACAACCAGAAGAACCCCACACCAGCUCAGCGCGACGGCAGGACGACGAGCUCUGCCCCGCGUGAUCCCUCCUCGAACUCGGAGCGGGGAGGCGCGGGCCGCGGUAGACGAGAGAACGGACGCUGCGCGCAUGAGGCGGUCGCGGGCGGCGGAGCCGACCGAGGCGGGAAGACAACUCGCAGCGAAACGGAGCACGGGAGGCAACGCCGGGGAACGGGAAGCGCCACCACCAGCUCAGAAGCGGGCACCUUGGCAAUCAAAGCCGGGAACGCUCCAGGAGCACCAGAGGCUCGCGAAAAGCCGGGCGCACACAUACCCGACGGGAAAGGGCAUGCGGCGCAAACGGACCAGCCACCCUCCCCGGUUCGGGGAAAGGGAGAGGGCCAAGAUGGAACACAACACCGCGUGAACCGCAGGGACAGCAGAGCCCCUGACGCGCCCACGAAGACCCCGCGAACCACGACGAGAAGUGCGCGCGGGUCGGCGUUCGGGCCGGACAGCCGCACCCCUGCCUACCACACACCACCGGCACAGAUGGGGAGGAGAGACGAGGGGCCCGCUGGCAGAACGAGAAGCGCGGUCGCCAUUCGCAUGGAAUGA